AUGACUGCGGCAAAUCCGUUCCUGUCGACGCAAAAGGCGUCCAACCCCGUCCCAGCCAUUCUGCACCCUCUCGUUCUCCUUUCCAUUUCUGACCAUAUCACCCGGCACUCGUUACGCAAGCAGUCAGGACCUGUGGUGGGUGCCCUGCUCGGCCAACAGAAUGGCCGCCAGGUUACGCUUGAGCACACCUUUGACUUUCUGGUGGCUACCAACGACCAGGGCGAUGCACAGUUUAGUCCCGUAUGGUUUACUGACCGCCUAGAACAAAUGCGAACGGUGCAUAAGGACCGUCAGCUCGACCUUGUCGGUUGGUAUACGGUGCUGAACCGAGAGGGCCCGACACCGCACAUAUUGCAGGUCCACGAGCAGAUCAUGCCUCUCUGCGGCGAAUCCACAGCGGCGGUUUUCUUGGCCUUCCACCCGGAAGACCUAGCAUCGCCUUCGGUUGGCGGCAAGCUGCCGCUGACCAUCUUCGAAACAAACUACGAGCCGGACGAGAACGGAGCUGUGGCCGCAGCGCGGCGGCGGCCAACGAGUGAAACCACCGAUAGCAGCGCAGACAAGGAAAUGACAGACGUUGGGGAUGAGACGGCAAUGGCUGAUUCUGCAUCAGCAGCAGCAGCGCCUACGUCUGCCACAACUACCGCACAGCUGGGGGGUGCGCCUCAGAUGGUCAUCAAAUUCCGCGAAAUCCCCUAUGUCGUCGAGGCGGGGGAUGCCGAGAUGAUCAGCAUCGACUUUGUGGCCGGUGGCGUGGCCAACGCCUCGGCUGUUGACAGCAGCAGCGGGACUGCAGCAGGCAGCAACAGCCGUGAUCGGGCUGUGGCGAUUGAGUCGGGAAACCGCGGUAAGCGGCGACUGGUGGCAGCCGAUGCACCUGCACAGAGCAGCAGCAGCAGCAAUGGUACCGAUGGCACCACGGCCGCAAGUGGGGUUCUCUCACGCGAAGAUGAAGAGCUCAUCGCUACGCUGACGACACGCGGAAACGCCAUCCGCAUGCUGCACGCGCGUCUGCAGCUGCUGACCAGGUAUCUGGAGAGCCUGGAAGUGGCCGAGGCGGCCGAGAAGGAGGGUGGUGGCAGCGAGGGCGUUCCUGGAGCCGAUACCGGCGUGAAAGUAUCCCUCCCCAUCCUGCGAUCCAUUCAAGCACUGGUGCAGCGGCUGCCGUUGGUGGUGCCGCCACCUGUCGGCGGAGAUUAUGAGGAGGAGCGUCAGCGCGAGGCCAACGACGUGGAACUGGUAUCGCUGCUGCUGGACGACGUGAUGCAGAACAUCGCGGCAGUGCGGCAGGUGAGCGGCAAGUUCAGCGUGGUGGACAACGCUCGGUCCAACCGAGGCAUGCGGCAGUACGGGAGAGGAGGCGGCGUUGGCGGUGGAGGUGACGGCUCGCAAGGUCUCGACAUGCUGCUAUAA